CUUCAAGUAUAUAAGACAGCAAGAGCAGAGUAUUAUUUUGUGGUUUAGAGAUUGAGCGCGCAGAAUGCUGGUUGAACUGGUGGCGUUGGCCGUCGGGGCCACGGCCCUGUUUUACUGGUGGUCAACCCGCACCUUCCACUACUGGCAGAACAAAGGGGUCAAAAUCCCAUUCGAUCCCACCCCUUACUUGGGUCAUCUGAAAUCACCCUUCAUGCUCAAGUCUUCGCUCAGCACGCACUUCCAGAAAAUGUACAAAUCUACUCAAAGUGAAAGGUUCAUCGGCUACUACAAACUGCGCCAACCGGCACUGAUGUUGAGGGAUCCUGAACUGGUCAAACACGUGCUUGUAAAAGACUUUAACAGUUUUCACGACAACGAUCUUUUUAUCAAUGAAAAAACCGACCCACUUCUUGCCUAUCACAUUUUGGCAACACACGGACCACGCUGGAAAUUCAUCAGGACAAAACUGACGCCCGCGUUCACUUCCGGCAAAAUCAAGAACAUGUUCCCCUUGGUCAUCGACAUCUGCAAGGACAUGAAGAGCUACGUCGACCGCGCCCUGGCCAAGGGCGACAAAAGCAUUGAGACAAAAGUCAUGUCCGCCCACUUCAAAACGGACGUUGCCGCUCUGUGCGCCUUCGGUGUCAGAAGUCACGCUUUGUCCGACGAAGACAGCGCCUUCAAACAAAAGGGCCUCGGCCUGAUCAACAACGGGAAACUCAGGAGCAUUGCUCUCAUGAUAAUUUAUUUCUCGCCCAAGGUCAAGCAAUUUCUGGGACUGAAAUUUGUCUCCGACAGCUUGGCCGACUUCUUUAGAUCGCUGGUCAAGGAAACUAUGGAAUACCGAGACAAGAAUAAAAUCGUGAGGAACGACUUUAUCCAAAUCUUGAUGCAACUCAAGAGCAAGGGUUUUAUCGAGUAUGAACCAGGCGAGAAAGAGGAAAAACGAGAGAAUGACACCCCCGUCAACUACGACCAUGACAAAGGAAAAACUGAAUGGACUCACGACAUGUUGACGGCCCAGACUCUCGGUUUUAUCGGUGACAGUUUCGAAACAUUGUCAACCGCACUGAGCUUUGCCAUUUUUGAGAUUUCCUACAACCCAGAAAUCCAGCGCAAAUUGAAGGAGGAAAUCGAAACUGUUUUGAACAAGCAUAACAACAAGAUCUGCUACGACGCUUUGAUGGAGAUGUCUUACUUGGACCAAAUUUUCAAUGAAUCUGUCAGGAAAUAUCCCCCGAUCGGAGUGAUGAACCGAAUUUGCACGAAAAACUACACGAUUCCCGGCACCGACGUCAAAAUCGAGGAAGGCACCGCAGUGGCCAUCCCUGUCUACGCCCUGCACCACGACCCCCAGUACUGGCCCGACCCAGAGCGCUUUGACCCCGAGAGGUUCAACGAAAAGAACACGAAAAAAAUAGUACCCUACACUUACCUACCCUUCGGCGAGGGGCCGAGAAUGUGUCUAGGAAACCGAUUUGGACGACUGCAAGUUAAGGCCGCCAUAGCAACCGUGAUUAAGUUCUACGAGUUGGAACCGGCCGGAAUCACUAGGUACCCUGUCAAAUUCGCGCCCCACUUCGGAACUCACCCCAAGGACGGCUUGCACGUCAAGUUUAUCCCAAGAACGUGAUUCAUAAAAUAAAAUAAAUCACCAGAACGAUUUGCGAUAAUUAUGUCACAUGAACAUUUUUAUUUAUUAUUUAUAAGCAAAAAAUUAUGUCACAAUAGAAAAAAAAUAAUUAAAAUAAACAGAAU